CAGCCAUUUUGUUAGCUAGCUUGAGGUUAGAGAGGUUAGCUGCAGUUGUUUCUGCCGCAAAUACUCAACUCUUCUUUUUAACGAUUUCGACCCCUUAAAAGAAAAAAAUUUCAACCGCGAAAAAGAACAACCGUCAAUGUUAAUAUUCAACUUUGUGCCCGGCGCUUGUGAAACAACAGGAGGACUUGGUGUGCUUGUUGUCGGUAAACACGGCAAGAAACUGUGUGGUCAUUCAUUUGUCAAAGGAGCCUCGAGUUUGCUUAGCUUGUGAGCUAACUGGGUGUUAAAUGUUAAGAGGGUUGUGUAGCGAGUCUUAGCUUCUCACAAACUUUGCGUGUCUCAGUUUCGCCUGCUUUUGCUUUCACCCGGUUAUUAGACGUAAACUUCAGCGAGGAUCGUCGACAGAAACGCGUCAUCCGGGUCUUUUACUGGUAACUCGAGCUCCAGUCAGACACCAUGUCCGAGCUGUACAUUCGUGUGGCCGAGGAUGAAAGCGAAGAGCCCAUGGAGAUCCCCUCGGAGGACGACGGUACCGUGUUGCUGUCGUCGGUAGCAGCACAGUUUCCAGGGGCUUGCGGGCUGCGGUACAGGAACCCAGAGUCCCAGUGCAUGAGGGGAGUCCGGCUGGUGGAGGGUAUCCUUCACGCGCCUGAGAACGACUGGGGGAGCCUGGUCUAUGUCGUCAAUUAUCCCAAAGAUAACAAAAGAAAGAUGGAAGAAAUAGAUGCUGCCUCCGCUGUGAAAAUAAAAAGGGGCUCUCUGAAGACGUCGGAUCUUAUUGUCCUUGGGCUGCCAUGGAAAACAUCAGAACAAGAUCUGAAAGAUUAUUUCACUACUUUCGGGGAAGUCAUCAUGGUGCAGGUCAAGAGAGAUGUAAAGACCGGCAACUCAAAAGGGUUUGGGUUUGUGAGGUUUACUGAAUAUGAGACACAAACCAAAGUGAUUGCACAGAGACACAUGAUUGAUGGACGAUGGUGUGACUGCAAACUUCCCAAUUCCAAGGCGUGUCCAGAUGAGCCCAUGAGGAGCCGCAAAAUCUUUGUUGGCCGCUGUACAGAGGACAUGACGACAGAUGAGCUGAGGCAGUUUUUCAUGCAGUAUGGCGAAGUCACAGAUGUCUUCAUUCCCAAACCUUUCCGGGCUUUUGCAUUUGUCACAUUUGCCGAUGACCAGGUUGCCCAGGCUCUGUGUGGAGAGGAUUUGAUCAUCAAGGGCGUCAGUGUGCACAUCUCCAAUGCUGAGCCCAAACACAAUAAUAGUAGGCAAAUGAUGGAUCGAGGGCGGUUUGGGGCUGGGGGGUUCAGUCAGGGCUAUGGCAGUAACCGCGGUGGGAUGGGCAGUGGGAGUAGUGGGGUUAACUUUGGGGCGCUCGGUCUUAACCCAGCAAUGGUGGCCGCAGCCCAGGCAGCGCUGCAGAGUAGUUGGGGAAUGAUGGGCAUGCUGGCUAACCAGCAGGGUCUGACCACAACGGCAGGCACAGCCACUACAACCCGAGACCAGACCUAUAGCUCUGCCAGCACCAGUUACAGCAGCCCCAGCACAGCUAGCCUGGGCUGGGCUGCAGGCAGUAACACUGCCUCCAGCAGUGGCUUCAGCUCCAGCUUUGGCAACUCUAUGGAUUCAAAGUCUUCUAGUUGGGGAAUGUAGUUAGCUUCAAGUUGACCUUUUUUUGUUGUUAUUAGAGUUAAUCUGGUAAGUAUUCUUACAGGGGAACUGCUUAUAUCUUAUGUUCCUAUAAUUUAAAAUAAUAACACUGCCUUUUAUUUUGUUAAAGAGAACAUUUAUACUUGUGUGGCUGAUUUUGUGGUCAUGCAUUGAAUGGGUGUGAAGCUUAGUUUUUUUUAAAGUGGAAACUGCCACACUCCCCAUUUUGAGAAAAUGUUACACAGACAUCACUGUGCAUGCUAGAUAAAUAUUUAUGAACAUGCACGAGUAUCUCAGAGCCCCCUCAGCCCCUUGUAAAAAGGGCUUACUAUGAUAUGUGUUUAUGCAGUUGAUUGCAUCUUUUUUGUUUGUUUUUGUUUGACGUCUUUUGAAAAGCCUUCAUGAAAAUCUCUUCUGCAGUUCAACAACUCUUUCCAAAUUUCCCGGGAGGAAGCGCCUCAUUGGCUGCAAUGUUCGCCAGAUCUCAGUAUCAAUUCCCCUCCUCCCAUGUGUAAAUGCUUUGUCAUCAAAGAACACAGCUUCACUCUGCAUAUACUGUGUUAGACGGUGGGUGUUGUCUUUUUUCCUCUUCACUUUUUUUAAUGGAUAAAGAAAUCGUAUCAGCUUUUGUCCCUUUUUUGAGAUCAAUGAGUGGGAUUGGUGUUGGACGUGAGAGUGGGCAAACAGUGAAAGAAAGGAAGUGUGAGAAGGACUGCUUGUUGAAACCUUUUUUAAGAGGAAAAAAGCCUGCGAGCAUUGAAGAACCUGUGGCUCUGUGCGAGUGUGAGAGGAAGAGUGUGUCCCUACUGACCAUCACAAGGACAUUUACUGUUGUCUCUAGAUCCCUAUGUUCUCUGCUUCCUCUCAUUGUUUUCUAUCAGUUUUAUAUUUAAAAACAAGGUGAAUAGACCAGUGCUAAGAGUAUUUGUAUUCUUUCAUCACUUUUUCUUGCUGUCUAAUUUGAUGUGAAUGCCGUGUCUGGUUGUGUGCUUUUUUUUUUUUUUUUCUCCUUGUUAUCACCCUCUCUGUGUGAAAAUGUGACUUUGUGACUCUGUGAAGUCUGUGUGGGGAGGGGGGCAAACACUGAAAGUGUGUUGACGUUUGCAAGCGAGCUUUGAGGUUGAUGUGGUGAAUGUUUGACAUGUACUCAUUGGAAGUUUGUGUUUGAAGUGGUUACGAAUGCAUUUUCUAUGUUUUGUGAAUCUAAGGGAAGUCUGAAUAAAACUGAAUUUGGCUAGGUAUAACA